GCUCGUAGCUGUUUUACCUGACUUUACAGCGCACCUCAAUUACUUCCUUGAAAACCCCGAAAUUUUCUGUGAAUACUCACAAAGUCGCAAUUUCAAAUGAAAGUCUCUAUUACAACCAAAAUGGUGGGUGUGCCUGUCUUUGAUAGCACAAAGGAGUAUGCUCUUAGUGCGCAACUGUAUGCCGUUGCAGAUCACAUCAAAAGAGAGCAUGGUGGAACUGUUGACAGCUUAAAAUUGUGGAAAUCGAAAGUGGAACCGGGCACAAUACUCCGAGAUCUGCAGCAGCCGCUCUCCGAAAUAUUCAGAAAUGAGGAAAACACGGAUGGGUCUACUCCACAACUGUACAUUUACUACGAUUUUUCUCCCGUAAACAAUGAUUGUGCUAUUCUCAAUGUAAAGUAG